AUGGAUCCAUCAAUCCAGAGGCUUCUUAAUGAUAAGCUCUACGAUAAACGAAAGCAAGGAGCUCUCGAACUUGAGAAAGUCGUCCGCGAUGCCGUUUUCACUGCGGACCAUGAUACAAUCAAGAAGAUAGUCGAACAACUUUGCCACGAUUAUGCCUACGCCGUGCAUCAACCUCACGCUCGAAAUGGCGGCCUGAUUGGAUUAGCGGCGGCAUCGAUCGCCCUCGGAUCAGAAGGAGUCGCCCCGUACUUGAAGGAAAUCGUGCCGCCUGUUUUGGCAUGCUUUUCUGACCAGGAUGCGCGGGUCAGAUAUUACGCUUGCGAGAGCAUGUACAAUAUCGCCAAGGUGGCUAAAGGAGAAAUACUUCUCUUCUUUAAUGAAAUAUUUGACGCACUCGCCAAGGUGAGACCAGAAAAUCCCCUUCAAAAUCAUCAAAUGCUGAUAGAGUGUCUUGAGCUUGCCUCCGACUCUGAACUCUCCGUGAAGAAUGGCGCAGAGCUUCUUGACCGGCUGGUCAAGGAUAUUGUCGCCGAGUCUGCAGCUUCAUACAUAUCAGUGCUACAUCUACCAGAGAAGGGACAAACGGACACCGAGGAACCCGAAAAUGAAGCAGAAGACGCUGAUCUGCCCAUGGCUUUCUCUCUAGCAAAAUUCAUCCCUUUGCUAAAAGAUAGGAUUUACGUUAUUGGACCAUUCACUCGACUGUUCUUGGUCUCUUGGCUCACUCUGCUAGAUACGAUCCCCGAUUUGGAGCUCGUGAGCUACUUGCCAGAAUUUUUGGAGGGAUUGAUUAAGUUCCUCGGCGGUCCGAGUAAAGACGUCAACGAGGAUACCCAGCUGCUCCUAGGUCGAUUCCUUUCCGAAAUCAAAAGGAUUACACUCUUGAAAAAAGGCAUUGCAGAGAACCACCGUGGUCAGCAAAGUCGUAGGCAAUCUGGUGUGAGCGAAAAUUUGAGUACUAGCAACAAAACAGAACAUACAGUCGAAACUAUUUCUGCAGAUGGAGGUGACAGAUACAACAUUGCUGUGGAUGAUUCAGUUUCUGAUUCACUUGCUGGCGAGGGAGCUUCCCAAAUAUACGGGGACUGGAUCCCAGGCCAAGACGUGCAGAUCGAUUAUCCGAAGAUACUGGAUAUUCUCGUCGGUUUCGUCGACACCUCACAUGAGGAGGAAAUGCAGCUUACUGCGCUCCGUUGGAUCGACGCCUUUUUCGAAAUCAGCCCCGAAGACAUUCUUCGUUUUGUCCCACGGCUUCUAACACAGGUGCUUCCAGCCAUGUCCAGCGGCUCGGAUCAGGUGCGGGAAUUUGCCGAUAAAGUAAACAAAUCACUACUUGAAUAUAUCUAUUCCCUUUCCGAUGAUACCGAAGAAAAUGUACAACCUCCCAAGGUUUGGUCCACCACAACAGGCAUAGAGCGACAGCCCUCGGAUAUGUCAAUGAGCGAUGCGAAAAAAGCCACGGACUGGUCCACCACUUGGUCCACCAAUAUGACGCCACGCAGCAGUCUUGACGUCUCGCAACAGCCGGCGGAGUUAGAUUACGCCGCCGCUGUCAGCUCGCUUACUCUACAAUUUUUGAAUGAGAACGAAGCGACUCGGGUAGCUGCACUCUCAUGGCUCAUAAUGUUACACCGCAAGGCGCCCCGCAAAGUCGUUGCUUUCAAUGAUGGAACCUUCCCGGCUCUAUUGAAAACCCUGUCGGACCCUGCAGAGGCAGUUGUAACCAAGGAUUUGCAGCUUCUGUCGCAAAUCUCGAGAAACAGCGAGGAUGGCUACUUUACGUCAUUCAUGGUGAAUCUGCUGCAGCUCUUCUCUACCGAUAGAGACUUGCUAGAGGUCCGGGGGAAUCUCAUCAUUAGACAGCUUUGUCUCAACCUGAGUCCGGAACGUAUCUAUCGGACUUUGGCCGACUGUCUUGAGAAGGAGGAGGAUAUCGAGUUUGCUAGUAUCAUGGUGCAGAACCUCAACAACAACCUAAUCACCGCACCAGAACUGGCGGACAUGAGGAAGCGACUGAGAAAUCUGGACUCUAGAGAGGGCCAAAUGUUUUUUGUCGCCCUUUUCCGAUCUUGGUGUCACAACGCUGUCUCCACCUUCUCCCUGUGUCUUCUUGCACAGGCAUAUGAACAAGCCUACAAUCUUCUCCAGAUAUUCGCCGAGCUCGAAAUGACCAUUAAUAUGCUAAUCCAGAUUGACAAGUUGGUGCAGCUUUUGGAGUCUCCAGUUUUCACCUAUCUUCGACUUCAGCUCCUUGAACCGGAUAAAUACCCCUACCUGUACAAAUGCCUUUACGGAGUGCUUAUGCUCCUCCCUCAGAGUUCCGCAUUUGCCGCGCUUAAGAACCGCCUGAACAGUGUCAGCAACACCAGUGUUCUUCACAGUGGACCCCGUAGCAUCGGCCCAGUUGCUCCAUCAUACGACCGCCCAACUGGAACACGCCUCAAGACUCGCGAGGAUAAUAGCAUCCGUUGGGUUGAGCUCCUCGACAAGUUCAAAAAUGUCCAGGAACGAACCCGCCGCUCGCAGGGUCCUCAAAGCCACUCUCUCUGGCCGACUGAGCCAUUCAGCAAUUCGUCACUUGCUGCCGCUUCUUUCGACCGCAGAGAUCGGGAAACACCACGUGGCGGGACGAUGGGGCUUGGUACUCGUAGCCCUAUCGAGGGUGCUGCGAAAAGCACUCCAUCUACUUCGUUCAUGGGUUCUGCGCACAAGCACAAGUCCAGCCUACCGAACUUGGGUAGACUGGCUAUUGGACGCAGGUCGAAGAAAUGA